CGGGGCACGGGGGGGGCAGCGAGCAGUGCGCCUUUGAAGCCAUCUCUGUUGUUCAAGGAGGAGCAGAGCUACAGCAUGGAUGAAACUACUGUGUGGAUGGAGGCCGCUGGCACGUCGACCGUGGCGAUGAGUACAAAUAAAUCGCGUUGUUUUGAAUCAUGUGCCUGUCUGCCUUGUCGUUUCUUGGCAUUCCGUGCAAACAAUGCGCACUGUGGUGCCAUAUUUUUUGCCGUGUACUCACUCAGUGUCCAGCCAGUAAGGCUAGACGAUGUUGGCAUUGUGCUUAUGCCGCGUUAGAAUUUUCUCACCAUUCGCUUCCAUCAUCACUGUACUGCAAAACCAAUAUGUUACUUUGUGCGUGAAGAGCUGUCAUUCUCAUCUACAAAAUGGACUUUUUUCGGCGCCUCUACUGUCUCUAUUGCUUUUUGCUUUUUAUUUUUGUCGUUCGCAGCACACCGGCCACAAAGCGGUGGCCAUCAAAACCGGUGGAAAGGAAAAGUUGCGGAUCACUGCCGUGCUUGCAGCAAACAUGAAGGGCGGCAAACUCCCGCCGCUGCUCAUCUUCAAGGGUAAGCCCACGGCGCCGGGAAAACCCCCCGCCGCAAACAGCGUCGAACGAGAGUUUAGGGUGGGCAAGGACAAGAAGGGGGUAGCAUACCCUCAGCGCGUUGUGUACGCCGUAGACGACAAGGCGUGGCACACGCAGCGCGUCUUCAGGGAUGUUUGGCUCCCCCAAUUAUGGAACCGGCGUCCGGGUCGUGAGGGGGUCCUGGGCAAAUACCGUCAGCCGGACACGCUGCUAUCGUGGGACGAUUACAUCGUGCACAAGACAGCCCUGUGCAAGGAAGCGAUGGACAAGUCCAACACAACGCUGUUGUUCGUCCCCGGAGGCCCAACGCCCAAGAUCCAGCCUCGCGAUGGAAUUGUCAACAAACUCUUCAAGUCCAACAUGUCCAGGCUGCACGACGACCACAUGGCCUCCACCGACGCCGUGCGCAACGACCGCGGCCACCCGGAGCCCCCAUCGAGGGGAUUGCUCGCGCAGUGGGUGAAGAAGAAAGCGUGGGAUAAAAUGGACCCUGAGAGCAUUCGUUCGAGCUGGAGGAAGGCUGGCAUGACUCUUGCCUUCGAUGGGUCUGAAGACGAGGCGUGGGCCAACAAGAAGCUCAACUCCGACGCCCAAGGGAAACCACUUCGUGCAGGCGGCGACGCGGCCGCUGCCGGCGUGGAGGAGGUUGGCCCAUCGGAGGAGGGGAGACGAUGGCAGACUCGUUGGAUUUGUUGGAAAUCGACGACGAUGACAACACGGGAGAUGGCGAAGGCAUCGAUGACCCAGAGGUUGAGGUCAUGGUAGACUUGCCGGGGGCGGACGUUGUUUGCAUAGACUGAGUGUCUUGUCUGGUAUCUACCUACCGUAGUUGCAUGACAUGGUCAAGUCAGCCAAAGCUGCGAUUUGAGCCAAUUUGUCCUGUGUAUCAUAUCUUUCGGCAGUCGCUUGUUCUCCUUUGAUGUUGUUUCUAGCUUAAGUUGAUAUCUAUGUAGCUGGCACUUGCUUGCGUCCAAUGUAGUUCCAGCUUGAGUGGUGAACGCAAGUCUUGUUGCAAGUCAUUGCGUCGUCCAGGUACCUGCGUGCUGUUGUUUUGUCGCACACAACACCGGC